AUGGUCCCCAUGGGGUACUCUUACUCCUCAGACAGCCCUAGUUCCACAGUCCCAAUGGGGUACUCUCACUUCCCCUCGUCCUCGCAGUUACCCCCACCGUCUACCAGCAGGCCUAUCGCCAUCAAAAAAUUGUUUUCAUUGGAUGAUGACGGCUUUCAGUCUAGCCCAAGUCCCAAAGACUGGGAUGUUCCAUCGCACUCGCCGUACGAAACCUAUGAGUUCUCGCAUUCUCCACAGACACCGGAUGAGCUCCCGCGGAGCUGGCGGUCAUCUAGCUUCCGUUCUCGACUCUCCUCGCAAGACAGGCGUUACGGGUAUCAGCAUGCUCAUCAGUAUGACGAUGACCUUGACAAUCUAGAUUUGUGGGAGUAUGAUGAGCGCAGGCUUCGCCAGAGGGAAGAGAGCUUCCGGAGGAGAGAGGAAGAGAUUUCUCUGCGGGAGCAAGAACUAAAGAGGAGAGAAGAGGAUGUUAUGCGGGAGGAGGAGGCCAAGCAGAAGCCCAGGCCAGAUGAGAAGGAAGCCAAACGCGUGGAAGACGAAAUCAUGUACAAACAGCCUGAGAUCGUAAGACAGGAGGAGGGCGAAGGAGCAGAACACGAAGAAGACGCAAUCAAGUGGAAGGAAAAGCUUGCGCAGAAGAAAGAGGAGAACGCCGGGAGACAGGACGAGAAAAGGGCCGAAGACCUCGGGCGACGAGAAGAACCAGCAGCGAGGCGUUUAGAGGAGGACGAAAGACACAUGACACGAGACGUUUUGCGAAAGCCAGAGGAAUCAAAACGCCAGGAAGAUGAAGCCAAAUUCAAAGAACAGGCAUCACGCACCAAAGAGGAAAAGAUUCGGAGGAAAGAGGAAGAACUCGCUCGACGAGAGGAAGAACUGUCUCGUAGGGAGGCAGAGGCAAACCGCAGAUAUGAUCAGCAGAAGGUCCAACAGGAAGAAUUUCAAAAACGCGUCAAAGAGAUAAGGCGCCAAAGUGUAGAGGAAAAGACGAAGCAGGGCUGGAAGUCCUGGGGAUAUCAUCCACGUCCGACAACAACACCACCUCCCCGGAUGUCUACUUCUCGAUCUUUUUCAUCUUCUACAGGACCUUGGUCAAUCUUCGGCCAAGACGAGAAUAUGUCAACAGCAAGUCCGCCUGCCAACAGAGGCCGCUCUGCAUCGAUCAACACUAGCCGUAGCAGCACGACUUGGACGUCCUCAACUCGGUUGAGCUCGACCGCGAGCUCAUGGCGGUCGAAUAUAUCUAAGCCGCAAACACCAUCAGCCCAGAGGAACCAACCUUGCCAGAUGUCCCCCCCCAACAGUAACGAGCUUCACAUGUCUGCAGCAGGAAGUUCGACCAUAGAUAGGGGCCGCACAUGUACCAGUCGUAGCAACGCAACCUGGACGUCCUCGAGCCGGCUGAGCUCAAACGCGAGCUUACACCUGUCGAGUACACCUAAUCCGCAAACACCAUCAGCCUACAAGAACCCACCCCGCCAAAUGUCUACUUCAAAAUCCUCUUCGUCUUCUGCAGGACCUUGGCCCAUCCCUAGUCGCAACAAGCUUCACAUAUCUGCAACAAAUUCACAUAGGGACCGCUCCAAAUCAACCAGCACCAGCCGUAGCAACACACCCUGGACGUUCUCAAGGCUGAGCUCGAUUACACGCUCACAGUCAUCGAGGACACCUGAACUUCAAACGCCAACAUCCCAGAAGCGCUCGCCUCCCCGAUCUGCUUCGUUUUCUAUAACGGGACGGCCAGACCCUAAGCGUAACGACCUUCACAUACCCACAACAAGUCCGCCUACACAUAAAAGCCGCUCCAAAUCGACGAGUACUGGUCGUAGCAGCUCAACAUGGGCGUACUCGACUCGGCCGAUCCCGACCGUGAGCUCACAGCCCUCCAUUACACCUAGGUCGCAAAAACCGUCAGCCCAGCAGAACAAGAAAGCGGUACUAUGUGCCAUAGAAGCGGGGGCAAUGAAGGAGGACAGCAAAGGUGGUGGAAUCAAGUGUAAGGAGACGCAGGCCAGGAACAGGACGGUUGUUGUUAGACCAGAGAAGGAGAAGGAGGAAAGAUACAUUGUACAUGAUCGAUCAGCGAAGUCUGGACGCACGGCGGAGGAAGCCAGACUUGAAGCAUUCGGGGCAAUGCACACCACAGAGGAAGAGGUCCUGAAAGAGGAACAACCAGUACGAGGGAAAGAAUGUGACAAACCGCCAUCCCAUGACAGUGGAAAUACGCUACCUCAGACGCAGUCACUCCUGAAUACUCCCACUUCAGAAACAACGGCGAUAGAAGAAGAUUCUCUGGAAGAUCUAACUAAUGAACUCCAGCGAAGAUCGCGCUAUCCGAUCGCUUCCGGAGGCUUUGGAGAUAUCUGGAAGUGCGAUUUAGUGAAGCCUAGUGGGACCGUCCAGGUAGCAGUGAAGACUAUUCGUUCUUUCGAGUCGGAUAACGAGGAACUGAUGCGGAAGAAUGCGAGGGUAAUUUUCCUCUUCCAUCCGUGUCAAUCUUUCCAACCAUACCUCGACGUAGAGAGUGCGUCGUGAGCUGAAAGUUUGGAGCCGUCUCAAACACCAUAGCAUUCUUCCCCUCUGUGGAGUGGCAAACGACUUUGGACCCCACCCGGCAAUGAUUUGUCUGUGGGCUGAUAAUGGAGCUCUUACCGGUUUUCUUGAGCGUCAACAACACGUGUUGUCGCCUCAAGAUAAGUUUUCCCUUGUAAGCCCCUUGUGAGUACCCCCAGACGUUUGCUGACGUGCUGACACGCUAGCUGAAUGACAUUGCCCUUGGAUUGCAAUACCUUCACAAUGAAUCAGUUAUUCAUGGUGACCUGACAGGGUCAAAUGUCUUGAUUUAUGGCAACGGUCGGGCAUGCCUUGCUGAUUUUGGUCUCUCCACUAUCAUC